UCGGACUUGUCAAGCUAUGAUUGGUUGAAUACAACAGUAAGUUUGAAAGAGACUGUAAUUGCUGUUCAUCCUCACUGUGUCUGCAGGUAAUCAGACUAGAGACAAAAAAUGCAGAUAACUCUUACUGUCUACGCCUUUAUUAUAUCCGUACUAUUUCUGCUGCUGUGGUCAAACUGUGAAGGAAGAGAGUCAGAGCUCAACUAUGUAACCUGCGGCUCGCUGGUAAAACUACUCAACACCAGACACAACGUCCGCCUGCAUUCCCACGAUGUCAAAUACGGUUCAGGCAGUGGACAGCAGUCUGUAACAGGAGUUGAGAACGCAGACGAUGCCAACAGUUACUGGCAAAUUCGUGGGAAGCCCGGCCGUCCGUGUCAGCGUGGGGCAGCCGUCAAGUGUGGUCAGGCCGUCCGCAUCACACACAUGAAGACUGGCCGAAAUCUACACACACACCACUUCAGCUCACCCCUGUCUAAUAACCAGGAGGUCAGCGCCUUUGGAGAGAAUGGUGAAGGUGAUGACCUGGAUGUGUGGACAGUGCAGUGUGACAGCAUCCACUGGGAGCGUGAUGAAGCCGUGCGGUUCAAACAUGUGGGCACUGAUGUCUUCCUGAGUGUGACAGGAGAGCAGUAUGGUCACCCCAUCCGUGGCCAGCAUGAGGUGCAUGGCAUGAGUUCUCCCAGCCAACACAACUGGUGGCGUGCCAUGGAGGGUGUCUUCAUCCAGCCCAGCCAGGAGCCAUUGCGCCACGAUGAGCUCUGACAUCAUCACUAGGAGACACAAAAUAUGGAUAUGUGUGUGUGUACAGUCUGGAUUCCUGUGGUUUUAUAGCUCACUUGGACCCAAUGACACCACGCGUGAAUGAUGUAGAAUAUUUAAGUGAUGUCUCGUCUCUGUAAAUAUGAAGAACUCAGGGUGUUCUGAGACGAGGGGGAUCCUUUUUUCCAAAUAGUCUGAAUGUGAUUUAGAACUACUGAAUAUAGUGUAGCCAUAUUGCCAAUAUUCUUAAGGGAGAAAAUGAAAGAGUGGAUUACCAAUUGGACUUGGCACCUAACCUGAAAUUCCCCAAAUCAAUGUAAUUUAAUUUUAUUCAGAAAUAUACACAUCUAAUGAAGAACCUUUUUUGAAAUGUUGAAAGGCCUCAUGUCAAAUAAAAUGUGUGUAUGAAUUGUCUUAAAACAUGUUUUCACUUUGUCAUUGUGGGUUAUGGAGUGUAGUCUGGUGGGCAAAACUGUCAUUUUUGCCCAUUUAAAAUGAAAAUGUACAACAAAAAGUGUGCAACAAGUGGAGGGGUCUGAAUACUUUCAGGGGGAGGCUGGUAUAUAUAUAUAUACUCAUGUUGUGGAGAUUGUUUUUAUAUACUCAUGUUGUGGAGAUUGUUUUUCUAUGCUUGUUGAAACCAAAUUUGGUAAUUGUGGAGACCCUCCUUCCUCAUGGGAAUGACAUGCUGCUCCCCAUAACAUAUGGUAAAUCAUUGAUUUCUGCUUCUCAAACUUACAGUAAGACACAUUCAGGUCCUCCAGUUGAUGGCCUUCCACAGUAGGGGAGGAUGGUUUCCUGUAGCUAGUGAUGAUUUUUAGGCUUCACACAGAUGAGGGGUCGCUGGCUGAAAUCUGGGUUUUCAGCUUUUCCGAGUAGCUCCUCUUUGCUAUUCUGAUCUCCCUUGUCAAUGUGUUCAACAUCAAAGCUGUAACAAAAUCAUCAUUCUGGCAUUUUAAAAAGAGCUAAAAUGAGAAACUUUGUCGAAGCAGGAUUUAGAAAAGCUCAUUGAUGCUUUUGUUUUUAGUGUAAUGCACUCCUGAUUGGCCUCCCGGAUAAGACCAUCAAACAGUUGCAACUCAUUCAAAAAGCUGCUACCACAAUACUGACAGACACCAAGAAAAGAGAACACAUCACUCCAGUUUUAUCCAUCUAUGUGCAUUGUUAAGCACUUUGAAUUGCCUUUGUGUAUGAAAAUGUGCUAUAUAAAUAAAAUUGCCUUGCCCUAUCAUUUGUU